AUGACUGAAUAUUUCGAAUUUAAUUGUAUGUUCGAUUAUAAACAAUUAAAAAAAUCGAAAAAUGAUUGGCUCUAUGGUCCAUUAUUUCAUUCUACUAACAAGAAUAUCACAUGGCGUCUACAAAUAGAUAGAUCUCAUCCAACUCAGUUAGGCAUUUAUUUAACAUUAGUUGAUGGUGCUCCAUGUACAUUAAGAUCAUAUACACUUUCGAUGAUUACUAUUACAAAACCAUCACUUAAACUAUUUACUAAUCAGUGUACUCUACAACGAAUAUUUCCAUCAAAUGAUUUCUCAUGGGGUUUUGCAAACUUUUGUACACGUCGUGAAUUGAAAGAUGAACGACGUCUCAUUCGUAAUCCUAAAUCAAAAUUAAUCAAUGUACAAUGUACUAUGAACAUUGAAAUAUUAACUACAAAUAGUAUAAUUGAAGAUCAUCGUUUUGCAACUGAUUUAUUUCAUACAUAUUCACUUCAACAAUGGAUCGAAUUUUUAAAACAAAGAGACGAUCUUCCCGAAUUGACUAAUAGAGUGAAUCAAGAAAUUGAAGCAAGAUCGUAA